AGUAGGGAGGGCCUCUUUAGUAGCUCUUAGCAACGCCCCUGCUUUGACCCUCCUCAUCUGUGAGGAAAAUCAAAUCAAUACACCCUUCUUCAAAUCACGAUGCUCUCACAGCAGCCGUGCCAGGAACAGCAGAACGUUGCAGCAGCCUCCGUCUCUUCUUAAAUUUUACCAACAUUUCUCGCUUCGAUGGUAUCUGCAGUUCCGGACCUCAAUCACUGCUGAAAAGAUCUUCACCUGCGUCACUGAGAAGAUCUUCUAAGUUGUCCUAGAUGGCCAACAGAGGACCAAGCUAUGGCUUAAGCCGAGAAGUCCAGGAGAAGAUUGAACAGAAAUAUGACCCAGAACUGGAGAGUCGACUGGUGGACUGGAUUAUUAUACAGUGUGGUGAAAAUAUAGAACAGCCGCCUCCUGGAAGGCAACAUUUCCAGAAAUGGUUAAUGGACGGAACACUGCUGUGCAAGUUAAUAAACAAUUUACAUCCCAAGGGGAAAGAACCCAUUCCAAAGAUCACAGAAUCAAAGAUGGCUUUCAAGCAAAUGGAGCAAAUUUCUCAGUUCUUGAAAGCUGCAGAAAUCUAUGGAGUACGAACAACAGAUAUUUUCCAGACAGUGGAUUUAUGGGAAGGGAAGGACAUGGCUGCGGUGCAAAGGACCUUAAUGGCUUUGGGCAGUGAAGCCGUCACAAGGGAUGACGGAUGUUACAGAGGGGAUCCGGCCUGGUUUCACAGGAAAGCACAGAAGAACCGGCGAGGAUUUUCAGAAGAGCAACUUCGUCAAGGACAGAACGUCAUUGGCCUCCAAAUGGGGAGUAACAAAGGAGCAUCCCAGUCCGGGAUGACAGGAUACGGCAUGCCAAGACAGAUCAUAUAGGUUGCGCCACCUUUCAACACACACUCACACAUUCUAUAGCAUGGCCUGACUGGGAGAGAGAAAAACAUAGCUAGUUAACGUUCAUGCUAACACCUGCUUCUCAGUUUUCCCUUCUGAAAUUUUUGGAUCUCUCUAUUUUUUUUCCCCCAGCUGCAACUUUUCAACCUAAAAUGUGGAUCUGUGUGCUUCUUGCGUGCCACUUCACACAGCGCGCUGGUGCCACUUGAUGUUCAUUUCUGAACUAUGCAAAGACUGUUUUUCUGUAUUUAUUUGCAAUUCGUUACCUUCUGUACUUGUGUCUUAUUGAACUUGCUCUUGCACCUCAAUGAUCUUGUUCUCCGCUCUACUUAUGAAGUUUUAGUCUUCGGAAA